UUGGCCAUGUUGGGGUAAUUGUUGAAUUGCCAUCAUAACUUUGAAAGUUUAUGGAUAGAGUGAAUGAAAUGUGGACAUGGGUGUAGUUGACAAGUCUUAAGUCACCGUUCAAAUGUCAUCUAUGGUCAAUGAACGUGAUAUUAUGUCAUUAUAUAAAUGGUGUUUUUGUAAAUGAUUAUUGUAUAGUAGUUUUCAAAGUUAGCACUGCUGCUAUAUUAAAUCGCGUAAUGCAGGCGAGACUGCCAGAGGCGUUCCACUUGUUUGUUUUUUAUUUUCCAUAAGUCAUUGAAGUGAAAAAAAAAAUGUUCUGUACAUUACAUCAUCAUUUUGUUACAGACAUUACACAUUUGUAGCAACAAUAAAACUGCAAAACGGUGCAGGAUAUCAUUUCGUUUCUGUGCUAACAUAUUUUUUUGAUGUUACAAACUUUAAAAAAAACUUUUUUUUGAAUUUUUUUUCAGGUGAGGAAGUAUAACUUCACCCGAGGCGAGGUAGCAGCCCUGAUUGAUUACGUUAGGCGAAAUCAGCAUAGACUCUCCUUAAAAUCAGGCCAUUGCUCCAACAAGGUUGAGGAAAGAAGGAAGAAGGUCUGGAAAGGUGCAGUUCAUGCCCUCAGAGCUGCGGGUGGACCACUACGUGAAUGGACAGAGGUAAAAAAGAAAUGGCAUUGUAUGAAGUGUCGUGCUCUCGCCUAUAAGGCUGGCAAAGGGACAGCAGAUGGAGAAACCAAACCAUCCUACAACAAAACACAUGAAGAUGUCCUGGAGGUCUUGGCAGCUCCACAAACUAAUCCUGAGGACAUACCAUCUUCAGACUCAGAAAAUGAGUGGGAGUCAGCAGAACAGAGCCAACAGAGCCAAGAUAUGAUGGAUCUAGAGUUUCAUGUUGAUGAAGACAAUGACGACCUGUAUGAUAUCGUGCGCGUGUCUGCGGAGCUAGCAGGACGUAGCGGCUCGGGGUCGCGGCCCGGUCCAUCAACUCCAGCAGGACAAGCGGCUUACAAGUAUUCACCUGCCCUUCAGAGGAAGGUCUCCGAGGCUGAAUCCAAGGAUUUUGAUCGCAUGCUUGCCCAACAGCAGGUAGACCUCCUGGAAACGAUCUCCCACAAAAUGGACACUGUCAUCGGCCUCCUUCAUGGCCAGAAUGCCAUCGCCAAGAAAAUAGACUCUGUCAUCGGCCUACUCCAGGCCCAAAAUGCAAGUUCCCAGAAAAUGGAUGCUAUUAUAAACCUACUCCAGGCGCAGAAUGCAAGCUCCAAGAAAAUUGAUGCUAUUGUUGAUCUUCUGCAGGCCAAAAAUGGCAAGGUCCAUAAUACUCAGGAGUAACAUCAUUAUGCUGAAUAUUUCUUUUAUUGUACAUUCUGCUGCGUUAUUCUUCAAAACAAGCAUAUUCUUCAUAAUAUCAAUUAAAUCAGAGCUACAGAUUUAUGAAGAUGUACGCCAUAUCUGCAUGAUACAAAGGGGCUUGAUUAGUAAAGAGCAGCAAAUCUUGGUGACAUCUUGUGAACCAAGUAAAUGCUAUUUGAAGAUGUUGACAAAUGUUGCAGAGGCAACUAAUAAAAUUAUUGAACCAAAUAAUUUCUGUCAAAAUAUUUCAUUGUAAAAAUAAGUUUUGCCCAGAGAAUUGCCAAAAAUUUUACAUCAUUAUGAAAUGAUUUUGAUUAAACAUUAAAAAAAAAAGUUGUGGCGAUUUGUGUACCUGAUUGCUAAAAAAACAUAAAUGCCUUUAAGCAAUAAGGCCCGAAGGCUUAAGGUUCUCUCAGAGCUACCUGGUAAUGAGGAGAAAUGCCUUACUGGCACAAGCGCACCCUACCGAUUGAGCUAUCAUGCUUCCUUUUGUUCUUAUUUUAAUGUGAGUUUAGUUCUGAUGAAAUCACCUUUUUUUUUUCUUCAGUGUUUUGGAAUAUCAUCUCUUUGUUGAGCAUGAUGAAAAAUAGCCACAGACCAUAUUUGCUAGUGUUUCAAACUUUCAUUGGUAAUUGAGAUGUGGCUGUUUAUACCUCUUCAGCCCAAUUGAUUUUUUUUUUAAGUUACGAACCAAGCCAAUAUCUACACCGAAAAACCGUCAUGAAGAUGCCGAUAUGCACACAAAAAAUGUCAUGCUUACAUACAUAUAUGUAUUACCAUAUUCAACCACCGGAAAGAAAGUUGCUAAACUUUUUCGCACCAUAUCUGAACAGGCUAUUGGACCAACAGAAAAAUUGUGUGUUUCUGCAUAUAUAUAUUCACUGGUAGACAACAGUUUGGACUUGAUGCAAGGAACCUAAUAGCCUAACACAGGGAAAGCAAAACUAUGACUCUACUACCAUAAUAAUGGGUGAAAUACACAAAGCAUUGUGUUAAACAUGACUGUAUUGGUCAUUAAACUUGCGUCUACUUUGGGUGAUUGACAGCACCUGCUUCUUGGAAAUGCUAUCAGUUCCUUGUGAUAAUUAACACUUGAGUGAUCUGUAAAGCGUUCCCUCGUUUACAUUUGUGUACCAGAAUAUUUUAGCAGUGAUGAUUUCCUAAAAAAAAAAUCUGUCUAGAUGAUAUACUAGUAUUCCAUUUCAGAUGACAUACAUAUAAAGAUUUUGUUUGAUAAUUGAAUAAGAAUCCACACAGUAUACACACCAAAUGCAGUUAUACCAUGGAGCUAUACAACAUGGAGCUAUAAUAGCUCCAUGUAAUAGCUCCACUUUUAUACCUUCACGUACACGCAUUAUUAUAUGUAUAAGUAAAGCUUAUGUAUGAACUGGGACUUCUGAAAUGUUACAUGUUGAGGUCUAGGUGUAUAUUGCUUAUUUGUGUCAAUUAAUGGCAGAAUGCUAAAAUAUUUGAUAACUGAUGUUAUAUCACUUGAUAUAUUGUUGAUUUCUGAGUCAUCAAAACUAGAAUACGUUCUAGGUUUUCAUUUGGAAUUCGGUGUUGCAUUUUAUAAGGGCAGCUGUGUUUUUACAGAGGAUCUUGUCAACUCAUCACCCCUAAAUUUUUCCCCCGAGUAUGCUGUAUGAUAAUUUGAUGAUUCAUUUGUUGAUGUUUACAAUAGAAAUAUAUUUUCUACAUAACUUAUUGAAGUAUGAACACAUAGUCCUCAACAAAAUUGCUGAAUUUCAUAAUCAUGUCUCAAAUUAUGUAAAUUCUUCUUAUUAGUACAUGAACUUUCUAUUUAAUUAUACUGAUAUAUAGAUAUUUUGAAAGACUUCCUUAUGGUAACAUAUGCUGUUGAUAUGUACAAUGAUAUUGUCUUAUUGAAAUAUACAGUUGCAAUGUCUGUAUUAGUUGUAUAUACUUGUAUUCCAGGAUGUCACUUUUCAGUCAAGAAUAUGAACAUCUACUCUAGCAACAUAUUCCUGACCAUAGAUACAAUGUUUUUUGUGUAAAAAGGGACCCAAUUUUUAUUAUUUUCCCACCUCUUUAUCUAUUUUGUAGUGAUGUAAAUGGUAUUUGAUAAAGUAAAGAUGAAUUACAGAAUCGCCUUCAGAGGAGCUAGUCUACCCAUUUUAUGAGUUGUAUAUAAUGCAUGUGAUAUAAGACUAGUAUGUUAUCCCCCAUCAAUCUUGAUUGGCUUAUGUACCCCCCCCCUUAAUAUCAGUAUUUGUUGUUUGCUGAAAGGGAAGGUGGCAGAUUGACAUACAGUACAUUUAAUUGAUCACUGCCAACCCUCUGAUGACAAAAUUUUAUGUUUAUUUCAUUCAUCUUAAGCCAACAGGACACAUCUUUCUUUCUCGCAUGUACAUGUAGGAAUGAGCUCACUUUUGUUUUGUUUCGUUUUACAUGUAUUGUUGAAAAUUCAUGGCUCUUAGGGUUUUUUUUUUUUUAAAUAAAUGUCAUAUUCUAAAACAGGAAAA